CUGUGCAUGGAAUGCAUGGUGGUUGUCGAGCCGCAUAAAACUGCGUGCGGGCAGAUUCGCGGCACAUUUGGGAGUGUUGCCAGGAGCAGUGAAAGUGGACAGCAUUUCCUUAGUCCGUCCAGUGUGCCCACGGAAUCGCGAGGAGCGUGUUGCGCCAUUGCGUGCCUUUUUCGAACGAACCGUUAGAUUGAAAGUGUGAGUUUACUUUUGACAGUGUUUUGUUUUUUAAGAGAAAGAAUACGUGAGUGUACAUGAUUUUGAUUUGGUGAUAUCUAUAAUUAAAAAAACUCAAAAAACUGUGCUGUGAAUAUAACAAACAAUUCAAAAAAAUCGCAUCAACUUAAGUAUUACCUAUACUUUGGAAGAAAAUAUAGAGUACAAAAUGCGGUGGUUCUUGCUAGUGUGCCUAUUGGGUGUUGCGAGUGGGUAUCCCGCUGAACCACCGAAAGAAGGCGAGAAGGGGUUUAUCGACUGGAUAAACAGUCUUCUGGGAGCCACCACCACCACCACACUGCGACCUACGCAGGACCCUCCGGAUGACUGCCCGUCUUGCCAAUGUGGCGUUCCGACUCGCUCGCGCAUUGUCGGCGGCUACGAGACCAAGGUCCUGGAGCUGCCGUGGAUGGCGGCGCUCAUGUACAACGGCCGCUUCUACUGCGGAGGCUCGCUUAUCAACGACUUCUACAUCCUGACUGCCGCCCACUGCACGAGCGGAUUCCGCAAAGAGAGAAUAACCGUACGCUUGCUCGAGCACGACCGCUCCAUGCCCAACGAGACGAAGACCAUCGACCGCGGCGUGCAGGCCAUCAUCCGCCACCUGCGCUACAACCCGGGCACCUACGACAACGACAUUGCCUUGUUGAAGCUCGAUCAGAGGGUAGAUCUCAGCAAAGCUGUGAAACGACUACGUAGCGACCCCGAGAGCUCAGGCGAGGAGGGCAACGAAGAGGAGGAGCUGCCGGGGCUGCGGCCCGUAUGUCUCGCCAGUCCCGGCCUGUCCUACUCCAACUACUCGGGACUGGCGUCCGGCUGGGGAACCACCACGGAGGGAGGAUCUGUCUCUAAUGCCCUUCAGGAGGUUUCCGUGCCCAUCAUAUCGAAUGCAGAGUGCCGUAAGACGGCAUACAAACAGCGGAUCACGGACAACAUGCUGUGCGCCGGCGAGCCCGAGGGCGGCCGGGACGCCUGCCAAGGAGACUCGGGCGGCCCGCUGCACAUCCUCAACACGGACACCAACACCCUGCACGAAGUCGGUAUCGUGUCGUGGGGCGAGGGCUGCGCGCGCCCCGACCGGCCCGGCGUCUACACACGCGUCAACCGCUACCUCACCUGGAUACGCAGCAACACUCGCGACGCAUGCUACUGCUCGGAAUAAUGGCAACCAUACCAAGUCCAUCUGAGAGGACACAAUUAAAAACUCUUUGGAGGAAAUAUUUAACAGAUCUUAAAAACUGUCUUAACUUCUACUGCAUUAACAGAUAGUUGUUGAAAAUCAGGUGAAUUGUUUUGUCUAUUGAAAUUUCGCUGCACUACUUUUUAGAAAAUUUUGUUUUAGUUUUUUUUUUUAAUUUAAAUUAUUUAUUCCGUCCUCUUGGAGGUUUGAUUUUGUAUGUUUGCUUAGGGAAUCUUUAUGUAGGUGGAUGAGACUUGAGAAAUGUCUAUAUGUAAGCCUUAUACUAUUUUGUAAUAAAGCUCUCUAUUUAAAUGUAUUUAUUUAGAAAUAAUUAAAUUAUGUAACAUG